UCUACCAUUAGCCGAACUCGAACACCACUGACUAUCAUGAACUCCCUUGCUAGCUGCAUCUUCUGCAAGAUUGUUAAAGGGGAGAUACCAUGUAUGAAGCUUCUUGAGACUGAAUCUGUGUUGGCCUUCAUGGAUAUUGGCCCAAUCGCAAAGGGGCACUGCCUGAUCAUCCCGAAAUAUCACGCCGAAAAGCUCACUGACCUUCCCGAGGAUCAGAUGAAAGACAUCUUACCCGCCUGUAAGAAGAUCGCGACCGCUACGCGAGCCGAUAACUUCAACUUGCUUCAAAACAAUGGACGAGCCGCUCACCAAGUCGUUGAUCACGUCCAUUUCCACAUCAUUCCGAAACCCUCAGAUGCCGGUGACAAGGAGGGUCUAGUCAUCGGUUGGCCGACUCAAAAGGAUUUGUCCAAAGACGAAAUCUCCAAGAUCUUUGAAGAGCUCAAGAGUAGACUCUGAUUGACCGAGUAAUAGUCACCAGUCUGUUUCGUCCGAUGCAUGCAUGGCAGUCGUAGUCUUUAUGCACAACGGCCCUUGCUCCCCCAAUUGAGCUAAAGCCACAUCUACUUGCCGC